AUGCCCUCAGACUCUGAACUUUCAUCAUUAUCGUCGGCACCCCCGACAGACGAUGAAGCAGCCAUGGCGGUCGAAAAGCCUGCUGGUAUUGCAAAAUACUUCAAGAAGGAGUCCGAAACGCCGCCUCCAAAGCGGGAGCCGUCACCACCGCAUGAAUACGUUUUGGCCGACAAUCCUGAUAUCGCAUUCAUCGUCAUGUUCCGCGCGCGUUUCCUUGAAGUCUUCCCCCGAGGAGUGCCACAUUGCGGACCACAGGACAUUGAGAUCGGAGUUGAAGAGUCUCCCCCUGGAGAAUGUAUCGAAAGACUUCUAUGCGCAAUACUUGGGCUCGUUUUGAAUCGCAAGAAGGAAGUUGAACGGAACCACUUUACGCGCCCUCUCGAAGAAGCAAUUCAUACACACCAGUCGCAAUGGCCCAAAGAAUGGCAGGGAAAAAAUCCUCUUCACGGGGGUCGCAGCUUUGCGACCAUGUCCCCUGUGGAACGCUUGCAAUUAUUGAAGGCUCUGAUACUCUGGUCUCUUUCAUCUUCCGAAGCGGUUCAGGCAAAGAUCAAAGACUCCUACAAGCAGGCACGCCAUGAAGACGACCUCAAUCAACCUCUCUCUGUUCAGCCCUGGGGCCGGGAUAGCCUCAAACGUCGGUACUGGCUUAUCGAAGGUUAUGACGAUACAAACUUCCGGCUCUACCGCGAGAGCAAUCCAACCCUCAAAAACAACACUUGGUGGACUGUCGCGGGCAGUAUCCCUGAACUAGAGGCAGUUGCGGAGAAGCUCGAGAGCGAGAAAGGGACCAACUCAAAGAAACUUAGCGAGAAAAUUCGCGCUUCAAUUCCUCGGUUUGAAGCGUCGGAGGAGAAACGGAAACGUCGUGAAUAUCGUCUGGCCCGGAAAGCUGCUUUCACCCGCCCGGAUCCAGGAUUCUCCAUGUACGAAGGUCGUACACGGGGAAAGAAGCUCAAGUACACAUACUCAGAUGACGAGGACGUAUUUUCUGACGACCAGCCCUCCACUCGUCGUUCGACUCGAAACGCGGCCCCGACCGAAGCUCCUACAGAGUCUAGGCGCCCUCGAUUUACGGCAAGUGGGAGACAGAUUCGGUCUCGUGCUGGGGGUCUCUAUGGCGAGUCUCUUUUGUAUGGACAGCACGGCGGUGCUGAUGACGAGGAAUUCGAAGAAGAAGAGGAGGUCAGCCGGCCACAGAGGACUCGGACCUCGAUUCACCCAAAUGGAUACUCCGGAUACGAUGCGGAAGACCUGGAUGAUGCCUCAGAAGUACAUUCUACUGCGAAUGACAGUGGCAACGAAUGGCGGGGCGUUGAUGAUGACUUGGAAAACGACUUCGAAGGCGACGAUGAGGAAGGAGAGGAAGCCAGCGCAGAAGAGUCAGGUGAGAACGACGAACCAGAAAGCCUUGUCGUACAGCUUCGAUAUGGCAAAGGAGAUGCGUCUAGCAACCCCGAAGUUCAGAUCGACAAACCACCUCCUAUGCAAGACGUUGAAAUGAAGGAUGUUGGAGAAUCUGCAGCAGCAGAAUCUUCUGUCCAAGCGCCGCCACCAACACUCCCCUUUUCAUCAGGCCCAGUUGUGCAGCAGCCCCCAGCCAUGACUGCGCCCUCAUUAUCCUCUGUUCCGAUACCCCAGGUGCCAACCCAGCCCGCGCCGGCUAUGGCUGCACCACCUGUUGCUUCAGCUCCUAAGCCGCAAGAAGCCAUCCCACAAGGGCUGAUGGCUACAUCCUCUACGCAUUCAUCCCAAGAACCUCUUGGUGCUAGCGCUGAGAUACCGAGAGCCACUCAGUCCAUUGAGCCGAACGGAGUCAAUCAAUCUUGA